AUGGAAUCGUUAACUCCACAAACUCAUAUGUAUGAUACGGAGUCGGUUGUUCAACCAAUAUCAAAUUAUGAGCAGACUGUAUUAUCUGGAACCUUGGAUAAUCCAGAUUUAUUCCCUAUGAGUCUCGAUCAUGUCCCACCAAUUGGCGAAAAUGUUAUCAUAAAUAGCAGUGACAAUAUAUCGGUGGACAGCGCAAAUAUAACACGAACACAGCCACAUAAACCGAAUACACCAGAAAUACAAAUGCCGGAAACUCCACAGACUCCAGGACCAAAAGUAAUAGAAACCCCCAAAUUAACGGGAGAACUUGUCGAAAAAGUGAAAAUUCGGAAUGUUCUAAAACUACCUCUAAUAAAGCACAACGAUGAUAUUUUCGUUAAGCCUUCUCCUCUAGUCGAGAUAAUGUCGCCUGCUAAAAUGCUUCAAUUUGAAAUUGAUAUCACAACAAGUUCCACUCCGACUAUGAAGCGCGCCGCCGUUGAUUUUAAUUUCUUCAAUGAACACAAUUUUGAGGAAUAUUUUAUUGAUGUACCUAAAGACGCUAAUAUUUCUAAUACUCAGACCGAAGGAGAAGCUUUCAUAGAAACUCCAGUCAUCGUUAAAGCUAGUACAGUUAGACAUGAAAUUGGUUACGGUAAGUAUGAUUAA